CAUUGGUCACUCUAUGACCAAACAUAUACUUAACUACAUAUAAAUACAUUACUGCUCUAUGGUUUAGAGUGUGUUUCUUUUUUGGAUAUAUGAGACACUGACGAUAUAUGUCUAUAUAUAUAUAUAUAUAUAUAUAAUCAUCACCAUCAUCAUUUAACAUCCGUUGUCCAUACUAGUAUGGGCUGGGUGGUUUGAUCAGGGCUGGCAAACUGAAAGGCUGCACCAGACCCCAGUCUCAUUUGGCAUGGUUUCUACGACUGGAUGCCCUUCCUAACGCCAACCACUCCGAGAGUGUAAUAGCUGUUUUUAUGUGCCACCGGCACGGGUGUUAUUUGCGUGACACCAGUAUCUGUCACGACUGCAAUUUUACAUGGCUUCAUAAGUCUUCUCAAGCACGACAUAAUACCAGAGGUCUCGGUCAUUGCCUCUGUGAAGCCCAACACUCUAAAGGAGCUUUUUACGUGCCAAUUACAUGACACCAGCAUCAGCCACAAUUACGAUUUCACUUGGCUUUAUGAGUCUUCUCAAGUACAGCAUAUCGCCAAAGGAUUUGGUCAGAGAGUGAAUUUUUAUAUAUUGUCAUCAGUUUAUGUUAAUUUUACCAUGCUUGUAUGGGUUGAAUGAACCUUCUCCACGAAAUUGCAUUCUGAACAUUGUAAGGCAUUCAUUUUACUGAUGGCUCGAGGAUUCCCUAUUUUCAUAUAUCUUUCACAGAUUCGUUCAAUCCCGGCGAAGCUCACGAAGCAAGAGCGAUCCUGUUUAUCAGCUGCCUCUACGUUUUAUCGCAACUACCUUAAAUUCCUGGUAUGAGUGGACAAACGAUUGCUACUGGUAUCAUCACCGAUCCUGAUGUUGUUGUUACCAAUUUAACAGCUGUGAAGGAUGAAACUGCAGGAAGGAAAACUGGAACCUUCAAGGUCAAAGCUGGUAUGGCACAAAUGGCUAAAGGAGGAAUCAUUAUGGAUGUUACCAAUGCAGAUGAAGCAUGUAUUGCAGAAGAAGCUGGAGCUUGUGCUGUUAUGGCGCUUGAAAGAGUUCCAGCUGAUAUUCGCCGCCAAGGAGGUGUUGCCAGAAUGACUGAUCCCUUGAAAAUUAAAGAAAUCAUGAAUGCUGUUACAAUACCAGUCAUGGCUAAAGCCCGUAUCGGUCAUUUUGCUGAAGCCCAGAUUUUAGAGGCUUUAGGUGUGGACAUGGUCGAUGAAUCUGAAGUCCUCACAGCUGCUGAUGUUGACAACCAUAUUGACAAACACAAACUCAAAGUUCCUGUUGUUUGUGGAGCACGUGACCUUGGUGAAGCUUUGCGUAGAAUUUCUGAAGGUGCUGCUAUGAUAAGAACCAAAGGAGAAGCUGGAACAGGUGAUGUCUCUGAAGCUGUAAGACAUGCUCGUACUAUCAAUCGUGAAAUUAGAACUGCUCAAGCUAUGGACUCAACAGAACUUUAUGAAUAUGCUAAAAAGCUACAAGUUCCAAUAGAACUGUUGCGGAGAACUGCUGAAAUGGGUCGACUUCCAGUGGUAAAUUUUGCUGCUGGUGGCAUUGCUACUCCAGCUGAUGUUUCUUUGUUGAUGCAACUUGGAGUUGAUGGUGUAUUUGUUGGCUCUGGUAUCUUUAAAAGUAGUUUACCUGAGAAACGUGCCAGAGCAAUGGCUCAAGCUGUGACCCAUUACAAUGAACCUUCUGUUCUUGCUGAACUGAGUGAGAACUUAGGUGAAGCUAUGUUUGGAAUCCCACAUACUGACCGACCACAAGACAAAAGGCGUGAAGGGCCAAUAGGAGAGGAAGUGAAGAUUUGGAAUGCCACUCUAAGCAAUCAAAGUUAUUCUACCAAAGUAAGCAGCUGAUGACAAUCAAUAACUGCUCAAAUAAACUAGGCUGAUAAAAUGCUCCUUUUUAUAAUGACAAUUUUUAACCCAUGUCUCUGAAAUUCUCUUGGCAAAAAUUUUAUUUUUUCUAUUUUUAAAUUUGUUUCCUUGUCUCAUUCUAAUAUUUGAAAUUGUACAUCAAAUAAAAGAUAAUUUUAAGAAA